UCGCGUUAUGCUCGCGCGAGAUGAGAGUAUGCGAGAGUUCUACAAAAUGAUCAGCAAGCGCCGUUUCCCGCCAGUUUCCUCUCGAAUCCUACGUAAGACGAUACCGUAAGAGGGUCUCUCCACGGUAGCAGAGAGGUAGCGUCAUUCGAGAUUUUCGGGCACUCGACAAUGGUCCCGUCCUUCCUCGUGCCUAUUCUCUGUCAGUUGUAUAUCUUCCGAAGAGAGGAUUCCGUGCUGCAUCUGACUCUACUUCCCACCGGUAUGUGUUUCUAUUGCUGCCCGAUCGACUUAAAUCGGGACGUCCAGUUGCAACUGUAUACCAGGCGAAAUCCAACGUAUCCGUCCAUACUGGAUCCCACCGAUGUCGCAACAUUGUGGAGAAGUAACUUCAACAUUAAACAUCCGACUAUCGUUUACAUUCACGGGUACAGCGACAGCAGUUCAGGGAAAGGGCCCAUCACUGUACGAAACGCGUAUCUUCGUCGUGGACAUUAUAACGUGAUAUUGGUGAACUGGGCCAAAUUGGGGGUAUUACCGUGGUACGUAACGGCAGUGAAAAACUCCAGAAUCGUCGGCCGUUACUUGGCACAUGUGAUGAGGUGGCUCGAAGCGCAGAAAGCCGUUCCCUUAUCCAAAAUUCAUGUGAUCGGCUUCAGUCUGGGCGCGGAGGCUGCCGGUUUUAUGGGGAAGGCUCUGGCGCCGCGGAAGAUAGGCAGAAUCACCGGAUUGGACCCGGCUUAUCCGUUGUACAUGAACACCGGGGAGGAGGGUCACCUGACGUGGGCCGACGCCGCAUUCGUCGACGUCAUUCAUACUGACGGUGGCAAUUUCGGAUUCCCUCAGCCGCUCGGCCACGUCGAUUUUUACCCGAACGGCGGCAGGAGACGACAACCCGGUUGCGAUUUAAGGAGCAUCUUUCGCAUGAGCUUCCGGAGGGUCAUAAAUCAAUACAUUACCUGCGGACACAAUCGAGCCUGGCGUUACUACGCGGAAUCGGUGGACAACCCCUAUGGGUUUCCUGCUAGUCGAUGCCCAAGGUGGCGAUCGGGGAUUUGGGCGAACUGCGUGUGGAAGCCCGAGACUCACAUGGGCUUCUUGGCCAAUUCCAAGUGUCAAGGAAAGUUUUAUUUGAGCACGAAUGCGCAAGCACCGUACGCCAGGAAUUCGACGGGCCAUAAAUUUGGCAAGUGACGAUCGAUGUGCGAUAAUCCUGGAUUUGGAUGAACCAAAUUACUAACUUAGGAAGCGAAAAGCGAUUCUCCGUAACGCUUCCGCCAAGAUAAUUUAUCUUGGGAAAAGUUCGACAGGAGGAGGAUACUAAAAGAUCUUCUUGCGCGACAACGUUUUAUAGAUAACGUGUUUUGCGAUAAAGAUGUUUGUAUUUCUACCGUUUUCAUUGUAAACAAUGAAUGCACGGUUCUCAAUUAAUUUUGCUGCCUUCUUCGAGGGAUCGCUAAAAUGGCGAUAAAAGUUCCUCCCUCCCCUCCCGUCCUUCCCCCAGAAAAUAAACAAAGUUCGUAAUAAAACGCGGCGAUAGUAAAUGAUAUGGAAGAGCUCGAAUUGAAUUGUGACAAGUCAAAGAGGAAACAACUCGUGCCGGUCGCUUUUAAUACCAGCCACUGCGAUCUCAUGCAAGAUAUAAGAGCGCAUUGUUUACGACGUUUACCGUUCUACCUUUACCUUUAAUAAUUGUCAACGAUACACGAAUAACAGUUGUACGACACGACUAUAAAGUUACAUGACACGUAACAGGAAAAAUACGUGACUAAAACUCUGUAAUAACGAUAUGUGACUUUGCAUGAGUUUGAGAACACUUUUGCAUGAAAAAUGGUAUGUUGAUAACAAGCCAAGAUUAUAAAAACAUGCAGUAUUUAACUGGUGCCAUUAAUCUUGUGUCUUUU